AUGCAGUCUCCACUCAGCCCAGUCUAUCCCUACGACUUGAACUCCCCCUACUCGAACGCGUCGUCCGCGUCGUACCAGACCGACCCCAGCCCCGUCUCCGACCAGCCCGCCGACGACGACUAUGCGCUCUACGCGUCGGCCCAGAUCGCCAUCUACAACGCCGACCUCCCCCACCCGUACGAGUUCGACCCCGCGAUGUGGCCCGAGGCGAAGAAGCAGCAGCAGCACGUCUACCACGUCCCCCGCUCCCACCCCGCCUACCCGCCCCAGUACCACUCCGACCUCAAGGCCGUCUACCCUGCUGCCCCCCCCAACCACUCCCCCGCGCCUCCGAGGAUCAAGCAGGAGGAUCUCGCCGCCUUUCCUGCCAACAUCCCCGCUUAUCCUCCCUCGCACGACCUCGUCCAUUCCCAGAACCACCACCACAUCCCAAUGUCUCACAACACCCACCACCACCAGCACCUCCUCCAAUCACAUGCCCACGAUACACAGAACCCUCAGACGGGCACGGGCACCGCAGCCAGCCCCUUCGCUCUCCUCUCGCCGCUCCAACAGCCACAGCCCACCGCGUACUACUCCCCGCCCUUCCGUCCGCAGCAGCAGCAACAGCCCCAACAAUACCAGCAGCAGGUGUACGCCUCCACGGGCACCGUACACCCCGCGGAUGUCUCGCCCCAGAGCGACUCCUCCGUUUCCCCACUGUCGACCUACGCCGACCUCUCCGGUGCUGUCGCCUGUGACCCCCGCUUCGUCUGCCCCCCGCAGGCUCAGCAGCAGCAAUGCCACCCGCACCCGCACCAGCAGAAUGGCUUCCACCCGGUCGGCGGUCUGGACAGUGACAUGGGCAUGGGCGAGAUGGACCUGGACGGCCAUAUCUCCAUCGUCUCGGGCGGCAUGGCCGUCGGGAUGGCCCCCCAUGUGAUGGAGGACGUGGGCAUGGUCGUCGUCGGUGGGAUGGGCGAGGAGGACGCGGAUGGCGAGGAGGACUGGGGCGACCAUGCGCAGAUGCAGGUCCAGCAGGGGUACGAGCAGCACCAUCAGCAGCAGCAGCAGCAGACGGAGUACAUGGACGACGGCGAGCACGAACAGGCGUCCCAUUCGCGCACUUCCACUUCCACCUCGAAUUCGACUUCCACCGCCUCCACCUCCACGACAUCGCGAGGCCGCAUCCUGCGCCGCCCUAUCCAUAAAUCACAUCAGCACCAGCCAGAGCAAGACCAAGACAACCACGCAACGAGUCCGUCAGAAGAAGACGAGUUCGACGACGAGUCCGAGAGCGAGGAGGAGAGCGAAGACGACGAUGACGACGAGUUCGUGCUCAAGCCGCGGAGCCGGACACGGGGUGGGAUGGGGGCCGUGGGCAGCGGUCGGCGCCGUGGGUCGGCCGUGCCGGUGUCUGCGUCGGCGAUGGCAGCAGUGGCUCAGGCCCAGCUUCAGGCUCAGGCGGCGCAGGCGCACGCCGGGCAUGGACAGGGCCAGGGGAUGCCGUCGUCGUAUCCCACAACGAGCGCGGGUGCGGGUGCGGGUGCGGGCUUUGGUGGGUAUGGAGAGGGAAGAACGUUGAGGCCGAGGAGCGUGUCGAGGUAUAAUCCCUAUGCGGAUGGGGGGUUCAGCUACGACGGCGAGCAGAGCAUGUUCUCGCAAUCGACAGAUGCGUCCUACGACGGUCGGCGACGGUACAACUCCCACCCUGGCGCCUCGCCCGCCUCCACAUCCACAUCCUCAUCCCAGCCCAGCCGGUCCACCUCCUCUGCGUCCAACCCCUCCUCCACAUCCUCCACCCCCUCUUCCACCUCCUCAACCUCAACACACACAACCACCACAUCCACCGCACGCCGGCGCCUGCGUCCGUCACCCACCAUGCCCAUCCCCGUGCCUGUCCCCAACCUGACCAAGAAAUCGCGCGGGCGGCGCGUGCCGACCAUGUCCUCCCUGGAAGACAUGCGCAGCGCGGCGAGCGGCGCGGGGAAGAAGCGGCAGAGCGCGGCGGCCGGGGGCAAGAAUGCGAGGAUGUAUUUGUGUGAUGUGGAGGGGUGUGGCAAGUGUUUUGCGCGCGGGGAGCAUUUGAAGAGGCAUGUGAGGAGUAUACAUACGUAUGAAAAACCUCAUAGGUGUCCCUACCCGGGUGCGGCAAGGACUUUAGCAGGCAUGAUAACUUGGGCCAGCAUAUGCGCGUGCACAAGGACUUCGUCCCGCCCGCGUCGCUCGCGCCCUCGGUGUUGGCGGCGCAGCGCAAGAAGGUCGCGGUGUAACCGUUGGCUGCCUCGUCUUCGACAUGGACUCGGGUUUAUUCCUUUCGUUUUCUAA